AUGGAGGCUGCAGUGGCCACUGCUUUUGCCUGUAGGAUAGCUCCGAAGCUGUUGGAGUUCUUAGCUGCAAAUCACAGGCUUCGGCAGAACCUGGAGCAUGAAAUCACUUACAUUAGAAAUGAGUUUGCGUUGAUCUCUGCCACCAUUCAGCAAGACGAUGAUCGUCACUGGAGGAGCAGCGGAGGCAGCGAGCACAUGCAGAGGGCUUGGAUCAAAGUUAUACGUGAACUGGCGCAUGCUAUUGAGGACUGCAUCGACCGCUUCAUGCAUCGGCUGACCAUCUCCAGGACAUCAACGUGGAUCCGUCAGGCUCUCCACCGGUUGCAGACGGUGACAGUCCGUAAGGAGUUUGCCAAGACGAUCCGCGAGCUCAAGAAGAUAUCACAAGAUUCAUCCAAGCUGAGAGAAACUUACUACAACGCCAGCACCGGUGCUGACACCUCAUUGUCAGCUUCACCAUUCGCAGUGGCAUGCACACCUGAGAUGACAGCAGAGAUGGUCAUAGACGACACCAUUUCAACUCGCAGCCCCGUGGGCAUGGACACUCCCCAAGAUGAGCUUAUGGAGCUGGUACAGCAGCAACAGCAGCACCUCAAGGUGAUCUCGAUUGUUGGCUUCGAUGGCAUAGGCAAGACCCUCCUUGCCAGGCAUGUGUACCAGAGUAUGAUGAGCCAAUAUGAAGUAUGGGCUUGGGUUUGUGCAGCCGAGCAAAGGGGCGCAAGCGAUGUUCUCGAAGUGAUACUCCAGCAAUUUCCCAUCCCCACCACAUUCACCAGUGGUGGAGGUAGCCUCAGCAAGCUCUGCGCAAUCCUCAGAUCGUGCCUUCAAACCAAGAGGUUCUUCAUCGUACUCGGUGACAUGAGGACAGAAUUUUGGCAUGAUAUUAAAGAUGCCUUUGUGGGGUUGAAUGGCAGAGUUCUGGUGACGACGGCUAUUCAGUCAGUAGCAAAUGCCUGCAGCAGCUCGGCAGCUCAUGAUCAUGUGUACACAAUGAAAACUCUCCCUGAUGGACACUCGAGGCAGUUGUUUUUCAAGGAAGCUUUCCAAGACAACGAUCCGCCAGUCAGUAAAGAGGAUCAGCUUGGCUCGGAAGCACUGAAGAAGUGUGAUGGUUUACCCCUUGCUCUUGUUACUACAGCCCGGUACUUGCAAAGCACAGGUAAUCCGACGCGUGAAAACUGGGCAACAUUGUGCCACAACCUGGGAGCACACCUAGAAACGAAGGAGAUGUUAGCAAGAAUGAAGUGUGUGCUUGUCCAAAGCUACACCAGCCUUGUUAAACAUGAUGUCAAGACUUGCUUGCUAUAUGUAGGUAUGUACCCAAGUGGGCGUACAGUCAGGAGGAGAAGCUUGAUAAGGAAAUGGUGUGCUGAAGGGUUUAUCCAAGGUGAUUAUAUGUGUAAUGCUCUGGAUGCUGCUACCGGCAAUUUCAAAGAUCUGGUCAACCGGAGUAUCAUCCAGCGUACAGACACCAGCAGCAAAAAUAGCGUAGAUCAGGUGAAGACAUACCAUACUCAUGGCAUGAUGCUUGAGUUCAUCCUGCACAUUUCCAAGUGUGACAACUUCAUUACAUUGUUAUAUGAUCAGCUAGCUCCCUCACACCCACCCAAUAAAAUUCGCUGGCUCUCCCUCCAUGACGCAAGUGCCAAAGUAGCCAAUGAUCUAUCUCUUGUCCGGUCUCUGACAAUUUUCGGAAGGGCGCAUGUAUCUGUCUUGGAAUUUUCCAGGUAUGAAUUGUUGAGGGUCUUGGAUCUUGAAGAAUGUGGUAACCACUUGGAGGACAAGCAUCUUAGGGAGAUAUGCAGUAACCUAUUGCUGCUCAGGUACCUAAGCCUUGGGGCUGCUGUUAAGGUUACGAUGCUCCCCAAAGAGAUCAAAAAGCUUAAACUUUUGGAGACACUGGAUGUAAGAAGAACCAAGAUAGAGAUUCUGCCAACACAAGUCAUGGAGCUGCCAUGCUUGAUUCAUCUAUUUGGAAAGUUCAAGCUCCAAGAAGGUGUAGGAAGCCGGAAAAUGCAUAAGCUACAAACCUGGUUCUCAGAGAAUAGCAAAUUGGAAACAGUAGCAGGAUUUGUUGUGGACAACAACAAGAGCCGAGGAUUUGCACGGCUCAUGGAGCAUAUGAAGCACUUGACGAAGGUGAAAAUAUGGUGCGAGCAGUCCACUAAUAAUAGCACGGAUCCCACUGCCAGUGACAGCAACAGCAGCACCAACAAUUACACUCAUGUCUCAAAUGCCAUCAAGAGGUUCAUCAAGAGAAGCACGGACGUGAAAAAGGCUCACUCACUCUCAAUACAUUUCAAUGAUAAAUGGUUCCAAGACUUGCUCGUGAACUUGUCCCUAGAAAAAGAAGAAGCUUCCUCCUGCUAUCUUAGCUCGCUCAAGCUACAAGGGGGCAACAUAUGCAGCCUGCCUCCAUUUCUUACCAUGCUAGGUGGUCUCACUAAGCUGUGCCUUUCAUCCCCUCAUCAUCAGCUGAGCGGGGAUAUUCUUACUGCCCUGAGCAGAGUGCGCAGCUUGGCGUACCUGAAGCUGAUUGCAUCUCAACUGGACAAACUCGCCAUCAUAAAAGGUGCACUUGGAAGCCUGCGAGGACUAUGCAUCGUGGUUGAAGUCAUGACUGAACUGGAAGUCCAAGAGGGAGCUCUGCCAUUCCUCGAGUCGCUCCAGUUGCUAUGUAAGGAUGUAAAUGGCUUUUGCUGCACGACGAUCCAGUCCCUGCGGCGUAUUAAGGAGGUCACCCUCCAUGACGGAGUGAAUUAUGAAACAAAACAAAAGUGGAAGGAAGCAGCAAAAGAACACCCCAGACGCCCCAAUCUCUUGUUUGUUAAGACAGCAGAAGAUGUCGAUAUGGGAAGUGAACCUGCAGAUAUUUCUACUGGACAGUCUGUUGAUUGUGGUGAUCUGCAACAGAAUGAUGAUGAGAAAGAAGAUACAGAUAAAAUUGAUAUCCUAGAGGAUUUUGCUAGCAAGACUUGUCUGGACCCUCAAGUGGACAAGGAAUGUUUUGAACAGGGGAUGGAAGGAAUGGUAGGUUUAGAGGAUCAGCAGAUGGAAGAUGUCACUCAGUCUACUGAUCAGGCUGACAAAAAUGUUGUACUUUUGGUGGUGGGUGAGAACAGAAGAAAGAGGGCAAGGUUGGACAUUGGUGAAGACAAUUCAAUGGACAAGGUUGUUGAUAGGGUGAAGCGCAAGAACCCGGAGGAUGUCCAAGAAUCGAGGCCAACAAAACAAACAGUGCCUGGGCUCGUAGUUGCUGUCUCCAGUGGAAAGUGA